AUGGAUAGUAUAAUAUCACCGGAAGGGUGUGGUGUGGGCCGCGAGUCAGUGCUGAUGAACGGCCAGUGUUUCCGCUGGUAUGCAAACUAUACACAACAACAGGACAUACAGUUUGGACGAUCGGCCAAACCGGGAGAAGUGCCGUUUGCUGUAUAUAUUAGUGCGACAAACAAAUUUUUGGGUGUUUCUUACGCUUACAGUGGUGGCUACUAUGAUAAAACAGCUAUUAAAAUAUAUCCCGGUGCCCAAUCACUGGAUCAAUUACCCGACAGUUAUCUGGUUGACAGUUUGUAUGUACAUCCAGAUUAUAUUAGAGUUGUCGAAAGUAAAUCCGAUUUGGCAUUAAUUAAAUUGAAACAAUCGAUACCAUUGGACAUCAGUGGACAGGAAAUCAGGAUUUUGAAUGCCAUAUGUUUGCCAAUUAAAACUAAAUAUUUACCAUUGAAUGAUAUCAAUCAGUUGGCACUGGUAGCCGGUUUCGGUGCGUACGGUAAUCAAUUGCACACUGUUAGCCGAUUACAAGUUGGUUGGGUUUAUUUGGUAUACAAUGAUGAUCCAGUUUGGUAUUAUAUGAUCAGAUAUCCCAGAUUCAAUGGUACAGUUAUCUGUGAAGGUGAUUCUGGUGGUCCACUGUACCAGUAUGUUAACGGUAGGGCAGUGCUCAUUGGUAUAGCUCUAAGCAGUCAAAAAUCUAAUGAUAACAACUGUAUGAAUCAAAAUGAUGACAAAAAAGAUAUGUUUUUUGUACGCAUUGCACCCAAAUUAGAUUGGAUUCAACAAGUAAUCUCUGAAAAUUAG